CCGGUGCCGGGCUCGAGAGUCGGAAGCCUGUGCGCCGCCGCCGCCGCCGCCGAGCCGGCCGGGGCGCAGUGAGAGCGCACGGGACUCGCUGUAGCGGCGGCGGGUGGCGGGCGACCCGGGCCGGGAUCCUAGCCGAGCCCCGCGCGGGGACCCCGGACCCGCCCCCCGCGGCGCCUGCUCUCUCGCACCCGCGCAGGGAAGGGGCGGGCCGCGGCGGCGGCGGCGGUGGUGGCGGCGGCGGCAGGAGCACACUCGCUGCCUGCCGCCCGGCUCGGCCGUCGGGCAUGGAGCCGUGGAAGCAGUGCGCGCAGUGGCUCAUCCACUGCAAGGUGCUACCCGCCAACCACCGGGUGACCUGGGACUCGGCGCAGGUGUUUGACCUGGCGCAGACCCUCCGCGAUGGAGUCCUGCUCUGCCAGCUGCUCAACAACCUCCGGGCGCGCUCCAUCAACCUGAAGGAGAUCAACCUGAGGCCGCAGAUGUCCCAGUUUCUCUGUUUGAAGAACAUAAGGACAUUCCUCACCGCCUGUUGUGAGACGUUUGGAAUGAGAAAGAGUGAACUCUUUGAAGCGUUUGAUCUGUUUGAUGUUCGUGACUUUGGAAAGGUUAUAGAAACAUUAUCACGACUUUCUCGCACGCCUAUAGCGUUGGCCACAGGAAUCAGGCCCUUCCCAACAGAAGAAAGCGUUAAUGACGAAGACAUCUACAAAAGCCUUCCUGACUUAAUAGACGAAACCCGCGUGGAUGAUGAAGAUGAUCUGUAUGACUGUGUUUAUGGGGAAGAUGAAGGUGGAGAAGUCUACGAGGACUUAAUGAAAGCCGAGGAAGCACAUCAACCUAAAUGUCCAGAAAAUGAUAUACGAAGUUGCUGCCUAGCAGAAAUUAAGCAAACGGAAGAAAAAUAUACAGAAACAUUGGAGUCAAUAGAAAAAUAUUUCAUGGCACCACUAAAAAGAUUUCUGACAGCAGCAGAAUUUGACUCAGUAUUCAUCAACAUUCCUGAACUUGUAAAAGUUCAUCGGAACCUAAUGCAAGAGAUUCAUGAGUCCAUUGUAAAUAAAAAUGACCAGAACUUGUAUCAAAUUUUCAUUAACUACAAGGAAAGGUUGGUUAUUUAUGGUCAGUACUGCAGUGGAGUGGAAUCGGCCAUCUCUAAUUUAGAUUACAUUUCUAAGACAAAAGAAGACGUCAAACUGAAAUUAGAGGAGUGUUCCAAACGAGCCAAUAAUGGGAAGUUCACUCUUCGCGAUUUGCUGGUCGUCCCGAUGCAGCGUGUUUUAAAGUAUCACCUUCUCCUCCAGGAACUGGUCAAACAUACCACCGAUCCUACAGAGAAGGCAAACCUGAAAUUGGCACUUGACGCAAUGAAGGACUUGGCACAAUAUGUGAAUGAAGUGAAGAGAGAUAAUGAGACCCUUCGUGAAAUUAAACAGUUUCAGCUAUCUAUAGAAAAUUUGAACCAACCGGUUUUGCUUUUUGGACGACCUCAGGGAGAUGGUGAAAUUCGAAUAACCACUUUAGACAAGCAUACAAAACAAGAAAGGCAUAUCUUCUUAUUCGAUUUGGCAGUGAUUGUAUGUAAAAGGAAAGGUGAUAACUAUGAAAUGAAGGAAAUAAUAGAUCUUCAGCAGUACAAAAUAGCCAACAAUCCUACAACUGAUAAAGAAAAUAAAAAGUGGUCUUAUGGCUUCUACCUCAUCCAUAACCAAGGACAAAAUGGGUUAGAAUUUUAUUGCAAAACGAAAGAUUUAAAGAAAAAAUGGCUGGAACAGUUUGAAAUGGCUUUAUCUAACAUAAGGCCAGACUACGCGGACUCCAAUUUCCACGAGUUCAAGAUGCACACCUUCACCCGGGUUACAUCCUGCAAAGUCUGCCAGAUGCUCCUGAGAGGAACAUUUUAUCAAGGCUAUUUAUGUUUCAAGUGUGGCGCGAGAGCACACAAAGAAUGUCUGGGAAGAGUAGACAAUUGUGGGAGAGCUAAUUCUGCUGAACCAGGGACGCUCAAACCACCGGAGAAACGGACCAAUGGUCUCCGAAGGACCCCCCGACAAGCCGAUCCAGGUUUACCAAAGAUGCAGGUCAUUAGGAACUACACUGGGAUGCCAGCCCCUGCUCUUCAUGAAGGACCCCCAUUACACAUCCAGGCAGGGGACACAGUUGAACUUCUGAAAGGAGACGCACACAGUCUGUUUUGGCAGGGUAGAAAUUUAUCAUCUGGAGAGGUUGGAUUUUUUCCAAGUGAUGCUGUCAAGCCUUGCCCAUGUGUGCCCAAACCAGUAGAUUAUUCUUGCCAACCCUGGUAUGCUGGAGCAAUGGAAAGAUUGCAGGCAGAGACUGAACUUAUCAAUAGGGUAAAUAGUACUUACCUUGUGAGGCACAGGAGCAAAGAGUCAGGAGAAUAUGCCAUUAGCAUUAAGUACAACAAUGAAGCAAAGCACAUCAAGAUUUUAACAAGAGAUGGCUUUUUUCACAUUGCAGAAAAUAGAAAAUUUAAAAGUUUAAUGGAACUCGUGGAGUAUUACAAGCAUCAUUCUCUUAAAGAAGGGUUCAGAACCUUAGAUACAACUCUACAGUUUCCAUACAAGGAGCCAGAACAUUCAACUGGACCGAGGGGUAAUAGAGCAGGCAACAGCUUGUUAAGCCCGAAAGUGCUAGGCAUUGCCAUUGCACGUUAUGACUUCUGUGCAAGAGAUAUGCGAGAACUGUCCUUGCUGAAAGGAGACGUGGUGAAGAUUUACACGAAGAUGGGUGCAAAUGGCUGGUGGAGAGGAGAAGUGAAUGGCAAGGUGGGCUGGUUUCCAUCUACGUAUGUGGAAAUGGAUGAAUAAGUGCCAAUCCAGCGUUGCACAUUGCACUAGAAAUUUCAGAGAAGGGAUAAACAGAAGCCUGCACAGCCUUGUGAAUUAACUGAAGUGUUUAAAACGCUGCAUUUCUGGCUGUUCAACAUUCUCCUUCCUAAGUCUUAAUACUGAGAUCUAAAGAUGCUGGUACUGACAGUUUAAUGGCUUGCCUGGAGCUGUGCAAGAAGCAGCCUGCCUGUCUGUCAUUGUCAGGGGCCAGGGCAAAGCCAAAAGCUCUUCUUCUCAAAAGAGCCCUGCAAACACAUUGGUUCGUGUUUCUUUUUACUUCAUUCCUUCAGACACCAUGAAUGCCUGCCAUUAGUACAUGUUUAAUGCAGAUUUACUUUCCUCUCACAUGCCAUUCACCAGAAUUUUUGAUCGUACAGAGAAGAAAUUUAAUUUUGCUUUUCCCAGCAUGAAGAAAAAUUAGAGCUCUGCCAUUUGGGCAGCCUACUGGAAACGUCCAGCGUUACUUGUUUUAAAUUGCCUCACAAGGUGACUCAUUACCUGGCAAACCCAGAUGUAACUAUAAGAUAAGAGGCAAAUGCUCAGGUUUGCUUCAUAAGUGAUAUAUCCCAGAGGGAUUUUAAUUAUUCAUUUGAUGUUUUGAUUAUAUUUGCAAAUCUCUUUAUAAAAAGAAGAAAGUACAUAAAAGAGAGUGUCUUCAUAGUAAAUCUUCAAAACCUUCGUGAUUUCACAGGGUUAUUUUGGAAAUGUAGUACUUCAUUUUAUGAAAUAAUCUUGGCUGUGUAUAUUACAGGUAGUUGCAAGUAACCUGAGUAAGGUGGCAUUGUUUACAGAAACAGAUCAAGGGCUGUAAUUUAUAUUGUCAUUUUAUAGAAGCAACAUCUAUUAACACAUGUCUUUUCCUCCCUGCUAAAAGACCUGGGACAUAUUUGCUGAUUCUCAUAUUUCCCUGGAGUAUUUACAGCAGCACAAACAACUUAGUUGAAGGUUUUGGUAGGAAAGCACAGCUGGGUCCUUUAUGCAUUUCCAGGAUAGUAGGGUCACAGGCUUUUCCGGUCUCAUUCAGUGUGGGCUCUCAGCUUCUCACUGAUGAGGGUCUCUGCAUCAGCAGGCCCUUUCUGGGUGUGUCUUCCCUGGUGGAAAGAUCGGUUCUGCAGUGCAUUUGUUUGACCAAGACUUCACUUUUUAUGUGAGAAGUCUAAAUAUGUUCUUCCUGUGGUACACAGAGUGCUCUGUCAAGACAGCCAAGUGAAGACACUAACUUGGCCCUUUCCUGAGGAAAUAUUUUUUUUCCAUAGCAGAAGUCAUGUUCUGACAAGAUUCAGAGUGUUUCAUGUUUGAAGAAAACAAAACAAAACAUUAGAAGCAUUAAUUUAAUCGAGCCAAACUAGGAAUGUUCAGUUCUGAAAUUUUGGAUCUUCUCUGAAAUGAGAUAGGUGUGGCCUUCCCUCUCCCCAAACCACUUGAAUGCCAAAACUUGACGUUCAGUGCUCACCCCUCCUCCUUUAGAGACCCUCAUGGACCCUCAUGGGCUAGGAUUUCUCAAAUAGGAUAGAGUCAUGACCUUUACCUCAGAAUUAUGUAAACUGUGAUUGUGUUUUAGAAAAAUUAUUAUUUGCUAAAACCAGUUAAGUUUUUUUGUAUAUGUGUAAAUGAUCACAGAAAUGAAUUUUAUAAAGUGUUCUGUACAGUAAAGUUAUAUCGGCAAGGUGUACUCCUGGAAUGGAUUCUUCCUAUAAAGUCUUAUCUGUGACUGUGUCUGAGGAAUGUUUUGUCUAUUACUGUCAGCCAAAUGUUGUUAUGGAGAGUGUAGCUCCACGCAUUGAAACAUAUGUGUGCAGAGUACUGUAGCUUGUGUUGUUCCUUUGAUUGUCAUUUUAGCCAAUAGACUCCCACCCUUACAAAUGGUGUUUGGUCUUCCUGAUGCAUUUCAUGGACCUGAGGGUUUCCUAGCAGAGGAUAUUAGAGAUCCUUUUCAUGACGCUACUGAUUACAUCUUUGUCUAUGUUUAGUACUUUGUAUUGGAAACUUAAAAUGCUGCAGAUUUGUGUAGAUUUCUAAUACCAAAGACAGAAGCCAAUGUUUCUCCAUAUACUUUGUCUUGCCUGUAUGAAGCACUUAUGUAAUAUGGUGAAUUAAGGUGGUAUUUCAUUUUGCAAUAUUUUGUAAAUAUGUCAAUACAAUAAAUAGU